AUGGGAAGAAAACAAGAUCCGAUCCGUAAAUAUUUUAAAAAAGUCGGUAUUGAUGAAAAGCGUCAAUCGUGUAAGUUUUGUUCAAAAGAAUACAAUUUAAACGUGAACAAAAUGAAAUCACAUUUAUUUAAAUGUCUACAAUGCCCAAAAGAAACUAAAAAGAAAUUUAAGCAGAGCACAAUUCAAAUAUCAACUUUGGAUGUAGAUGCAUAUGAUGUUAUUAAUGACCAAGUUCAAGUUCAAUCAACAUCAAAAGAAGUUCCCCAAUUACAAAUCCAGCAGCACUCAGAAAACUUCAGCAGGUUUUUUGACAGAAUGGAUAAAGGGGAAAAUGUACGUUUGAAUGAAAAACUUGCUUUGGCCAUCAUCGUCAGUGGUUCUCCAUUAUCAAUGACUGAGCACCCACUUUGGAUUGACUUUUUUAGGCAAAUUCGACCAACCUUUAAACUACCUUGUCGAAAAUUUAUAUCUACAGUUUAUGUGGAUAAAGUGUAUGCUGAAAUGCAGAGUAGUAUUACUCAUGAUCUUCUUGAGGCAAAUGAUUUACAUAUUCAACUGGAUGGAUGGACCAAUAUAAAUAAUGAUGGCAUAAUAAACUUUGUUAUUUGUAAACCAGAACCAUUGUUUGUCAAAUUUCUGAACACCAAAGAUAACCGUCAUAAUGCUGAAUUUUUAAAAAACCAAAUUGUUGAAAUAAUUGAAACAUAUGGUAAGGAAAAAUUUUUUGUCAUUAUAGGGGAUAAUGCUGCUAAUGUUAAGAAAUCAUUUGAACUGGUAAAAAAUGUGUGUAAAGGGAUUCAACCACUGGGAUGUGCAGCCCAUGGUUUACAUCUCUUAUGUUCUGAUAUUUUUAAAGUAAAUUCAGUUAGUGAAUUCUUGAAACAAAACUCUAGUAUUGUUAGUUCUAUAAAAAGAUCACAAUUAUUAUCUUCUGUCUUCAAAAAACACCAAAAAAUUAAAGGCAUUAAUGUUCAAUUGAAAUUGCCUGUCAAAACCCGUUGGGGGAGCUUUCUAUUUUGUUUGGAAAGUUUGAUGAAAAAUAAAAGUGUUUUACAGGCCUUGGCAGUCGAUGACACUAUUCCAAUUUCAUUAUUAAGACCUAUCAAAUUGACAUUAYUUGAUGAUUCUAAAUUUUGA